CACACAAAAAAAUAUUAUGGUAAUGACAAAAGUAACUUACUUUUGAAUUAAUAAGUGGUUAAAAUUUGCUACAUUAAAAGUUUUUUUCUUGUUUUGAAAAUGAAAACUUUUACUGCUACAGUUUUUGAAAAUCUCAUUGCUAACUUAUUUAAAAGUUUUAACUUUUAAUUCGACUGUAUAAUUUCUUUCAUUUUGUCGUUCUCUUGAAACCGUGUACGUCUAAGUCCAAAAUGUAAACAAACGUUUAGGUGAUUCCGGUGGUUAGUGAGGUGUGGUCCACGACGUCAAUCAAAACAGAACGCGUCCGGAGCCAGGACUUGUACGCGGAUACCUUCGAAGGAGGAUGGUGCGGAACAAGGGGAUUAGGGGAAAGUUGGUUUUCAAAAGGAUGAGGCCAGCUUCCUGCCGGAUCUGCAGCUGUUUCACGACCGAAAUGGGACGCCGUUUAUGCGGAUGUGAAUUUCCACCGAUUGUAUUCGAUAAAGUUAAUUUAAACGGUGAGGAGAAGGAUCCGACGGAAGAGGGAAACGACGAGAAGCGAUCGGAGGUGGUCAGCGCGGAUGUUGCACUCGGUGCCGGCGGUUUACGACCAUCAGCAGCAUUAUGUGCCGGAAGUGAUGACGGGACAGUGUGGGAUGUCCUGAGGGUCCGCAGUACAUUUCUCGGCGCGGGACAUGUUUGACGAGUAUUACAUAAACAUCCGGAAGAACAGUUUGCACCAGUUCUGGAAGAACCGUCUGUACAAAAACCGCAGGUCCUGAAGCUGUCGUACUCGGAUUACUUCCAAAGGUUGGAGCGAUAUCCGACGAACCUGAUAAAGAACAUCUACCUGGAAUACCGAGAAUGUGUUCAGUGUCUAGCCAAUUUAAUUUACUUUCAAACUCUUUCAGCAACUCCCGCCCGCAAACUCUCAACUCGCGACGGCGCAGCUUCGGCCGGAUGAACUGGCAACAUCUGUGCCAUUCUCGAGAAGGACGAUGUGAUCGGGAACUAUCCGUUCAGGCGCUUCACUUCCCAGUCGGAAAACGUCGACUUACCUUUCCGAAUUAACACCCAAUGGCCAACUCCUCCAAGCCUGUCCUGAUGAUGGCCGGCAACGAGACCACCCUGUUCUCUACAUCGCUGUCGCGCUCCAAAAUGUAGGCCGCGAUGUUAAGCAGCAUAAGCAGCAGUUUUAAUAUUAAAAUAAAAAUAAAAAUAGAAAUAAAAUCCAUCACAUUUUUCGAAAAUCAUCACUGUAAUGUUAAAUGUUAUUUAUUGUUGCCAUAAAAAGUUUCUUCUUAUAAUAAAAGUAAAAAACUUUUACCGAUACAACGAUUUUGUUCCAGAAGUGCAUGGUAGUAUCAAAAACUUUUCAACUUUUAAAUUAAAAAGUUUGAACUUUCUACGAAUAUUCACCAACGCGAACUU